CCAUUGUUCCAUUCCUACAUUCGAGCCCCUCAAAAGUAGCUUCUUUUAGUUCGGAGCAAAGAAAAAAGAGAGAAAAUAAUAUAUAUAUAUAAAAAAAUCUUUCUUUUGAAGUUGGAGGAUUUAGUGGGGAGGGAAAAUGUUGGGAGUGUUUAGCAGUUCGAUAGUGUCUCCACCGGAAGAGCUAGUGGCGGCUGGUUGCCGGACUCCGUCGUCUAAGAUAACGGCAGAUGCUCUGGUGAAACGGUUCCUUGAGAUAAACUCCUCCGCCGUGUCCAUGCAGAUCGGAGACCAUGUCCAAUUCGCCUAUUCUCACCACAAAGAGUCCGCUCUACAGCCCAGAUUAUUUGCUGCGAAAGAUGAAAUCUUCUGCUUGUUUGAGGGUGCGCUUGACAACUUGGGGAGUUUAAAGCAGCAAUAUGGACUUGCUAAGUCAGCAAAUGAGGUGAUAUUGGUUAUUGAAGCUUACAAGGCUCUUCGUGACAGAGCACCUUACCCUCCCAACCAUGUGGUUGGCCAUCUAAGCGGGAGCUUCGCUUUCGUUGUCUUUGACAAGGCCACCUCCACCUUGUUUGUGGCUUCUGAUCAAUUUGGUAAGGUUCCUCUUUACUGGGGAAUCACGGCUGACGGAUAUGUGGCCUUUGCUAAUAAUGCUGAAUUGCUUAAAGGUGCCUGUGGCAAAUCUCUUGCUUCGUUCCCUCAAGGUUGUUUCUUCUCCACAGCUGUUGGAGAACUAAGGAGCUACGAGAAUCCUAAGAACAAGAUCACUGCUGUUCCCGCUGAAGAAGAGGAGAUAUGGGGUGCUACAUUUAAGGUGGAAGGACCAGCAGUUCUUGCAGCCACAGAGUAGAUCUUUCUCCUUCCGCUCAGCACCUAAAUCUAUCCGUGGGAAAACAAAAAAAGCGGUUUUAUGUGGUUGCAAAUGCAAGGCAUUUGCAUUAGUCUCCAUUUGAGUACCUGAGUAUGACUGCUAUUAGACUGGAAAGGACUGUAUGCUUAUGAGAGAUGGCUGUAACUUCUUUGUAGGUAGCGUUAUCUUGUUGUUAAAACUAGCCUUUGAUCUAGCUUUCAUCCAUUGUACAGCCUCAAGUUCUAGUCCAAUAAAAGUUUGUUUGAGGGUCCCAAAUU